AUGGAAAUUAUUGUGCACCAUUCAGUUUUGAUUCCAUGCGAAUCUUAUUGUCCUUUCGACGACGCCUAUUUACAUAAUCUUUUGCAAUGUCUUGAUAAUAAUGAAAGCUAUUCAGUCAUUACAAAGUCUCUAACAGCCCUCAAUAAAAUUAUCCAAUCCACUAAGGAAAAUAUCAUCGCUCUAAUACAUCAUCACUUCAACGCCAUCUUCGACAAACUAAUGGGGCUAUUGGCGCAACCUUCACUUAAUGCUAACUUGGAAUUGGUAUUGAGGAAUAUUUCCGAAUUGAUAUCCAAAGUGAAUUCCCACCCAAUUUUCAAAAACUGCCGAGAGUAUACUAAAACUAAAAUUUCCGAUACUACGCCUUUAUUGAUUGAUAGUUUGAAAAUCACGGCAUCCAUGGAAUCUUCAGCCAUGAAAUUUCAUUCGAUAUUGGUGCUUUGUGAGAUCUCAAAAAGUGGUAUUAGAUAUUUUGGAGAAAAUCUUGAAAAUUUGAAGUCGAUAAUUCUAGAGAAUAUGAAGCUAUCUGUUGAGAAACUUAGAGACGGCGAUCACCAAGAAGCCCAAUAUUAUUCGAUACUUCAUAACUCAUUGUCUUUUUGGAAUGGAGUGGACCAAAGAGAUUUGACAACGAGAGUAGAGAUUGUGUGUGUGCUUCAAUCAAUGCUAGAUUUACACCUCACCAGGUUAGAUAUUCCGAUGAUCAAAUUGUUGUACAAAUUAUACUUGUCAAUGGAAGAUCUACAAGGGAAAAAUGUGAUUAUCCAAAAUCCACAAUUGAUGAAAUAUUGCAAGAAAUUGAUUUACAUGUCGAGCAGCCACGAGGUUGUCAAGCUCAGCAUUGUGAUUGAGUUCAUGCACAGCAUAGUUUACGAUUAUGGUAUUUUUGAGCUUCAAAAGUUGAACCUUGUGGAUAUUAGUUUCAUAUUGAUCCAAAUAUUGACAGAAAGAUUAGCCAACGACGCCACAUUAGAGAAAAAUAUUGGGAUAAAGUACAAUAUCAUGGGGAUUAUGGGCAAAUUGAUGCUUGUGGACGAUGAAUUAUUCAAUUAUUUGGUCGAUGAUCCACUUUUGAUCAAAAUGUUAAUCGACGAGUUCUUGACCGUCAAUAACCUCAAAUUCCAGCAAUGCAUCGCCUAUUUUUUGAAUAAUUUACUAUUGUCCACGGGAACCAGACGGUUCAAGAAAUGUCAUAAAUUUCAAGACUUCAUUUAUAUCGAUGAGCUCUCGUCAAUAUUAUCCAAGCUCAAUACCGUAUUGGCGACCAAUGAUAAAAUUUGCCAUAAUCCCGAUACCACGGAAAGCCAAAAGAACAUUAUUAAUCUCAUUAAGGUUUCGAUAUUUCAAAUUUUCCAACUAUUAAUUCAACAUUCUACCCCGUUUGACAAAUUGCAGAUCAUCCAGUACCACUGUUUUGACAAUUUGAUGGCGGUUUUAGAUGGACCAACCAAUGAAAAUAACCAAAGCAAAUUAGUACGGAUCUCCUUAAAGAGUAUCGAGCAAUUGUUAGAGGAAUACAUCUGGCUCAUCCAUGGGGACUUUGGUGGUGAUGUCCGAUACAGGGUGAAGGUCCCGACAAUUACUCAUGUGGUGAAGAGCCUUUUACACCAAUACCAUGCCACUUCACUGGAGGAGAUCAGAAACCUUGUAAGGUCCAUAAUGUUCCGAUUACUGUGA